UGGUCUUUUUUCUUAACGCGAUCCGAUGAUGUUUCAAACAGUGCCCGCGCCAUUUUGGUAGGCAACGCAGAGCUCAGAGCAAGAGUAAUACAGUUUAAGAUUUUAUAGUGCAAUGGUAAUAACUUGUGCUGUGAGGGGUUGUCGUAGUCACUCGUCAAAUGGUGUCAAAGUGGGCUUUUUUAGAAUACCGCGAGUGAGAACACGCGAAGGAGAGGAAACUAGAGCACUUUGUGACAGAAGACGGGCUACAUGGCUAGCCAGAAUAAACAGGAGUAACGGGAAGAUCUCAGACGGCUGCAGUGUGUUCGGAUCACUUCGUCCAAGAGGCAGCGAGGAAGAAGAGCAAAAGAGCCAGAUACUAAGGAAGAAGAUUGAGAAGAUGAGCAAAGAGAUGUCAUCUCUUUCUGCCACAAUCACAGCUGUAGAGGAGGAGAUGAAAGCUGAAGAUGCUUUACUCCUGCAAAACUAUGGUGCCACUUUGAAAAGAGUUUCCCAGUGUAAAGCGCCAGAUCCAGAGGACAUUUCUGGAGUUCUGAUCAAUGUGCCAAAACACCUGAGCAACCUGAAGUUUACUGUGUUACAGAAGAUGCAGACAACUGUUGAUUACACUCCUGUGACCUUUGACCCCAACACUGCUCACUGUAAUCUCAUCCUGUCUGAGGAUCUGACCAGUGUGAGAUACUCAUGAACCACCACAAUCACCAGCUCUCCUCCCAGUGAAAGAGAAACUGCAGAGGAUCAGAGUUCAGCUGGACUGGGACAGUGGAAAGCUGUUGUUCUCUGACCCUCUUACUGACACUCAUAUACACUCUUUUACACACACGUUCACUGAAAGAUUAUUCCCAUUUUUUGGUGUUGGCUGUGACAUUUCUCCUUUGCUCAUCCUACCUGUAAAAAUGACUGUAAUAGAGUCC